AUGCUCGCCUCCUCAUCAGCGUCUUCGACCUUUGGCCGUCCAAGUGGUUAUCGCAUGCAGUUGAAGAAUGCAAGCGCCACCCCCGGACAAAACGAACCCAAUUCAACCCACCGGAGACUUUCCAGCCCUGACUUGCGGAGCGUUCACGAUCGAGGGCUUCAUCGAGACAUGACCAGCCGGGCGGGGAGUGAGCAUGGCAGCUAG